ACUCAUCCUAAGAUCUUGCGAAGCUCUUCGUGUAUUUUAUUGAAAAAGACGCGUAUAUCGCGUGAUUUGUACGACCUCUGCACGCGCGCGCGUCGAGAUCUUCUCUUCGGCUUUUCGGAUUUACACGCUUUCCCGACAAAUCCGUUCCGACAAAUCCGAUUCUCCAUGUCGGCCUCAACGACACCGAAUGGCCGCACGCAAAGCCUAUCGGAACCGAGCAAGGUUUCGAAAAACCCAAAAGCAUGUGAAGAGUGUCGGCGCCGAAAGCAGAAGUGUGAUGGCCGGACGACAUGCAGUCUGUGUAUCAAGCGGAGCAGUGUUUGCUCCUACCGAUCUUACGUUCGACAGCGUGGCGGGAAAACAUCUUCAACACAUCGGACCACACCGACUGCACACAACUUCGAUACCUUGAAUAGUGCGACUGAAAUGACAGUGUUGGAAACAGCGCCAGAGCCGGAUACUACCAAUGAAGAUGAGCCCUCAGGUGGUCUGCCAAAGUCGAUGCCACCCCGAUUAGCAAUAUUCAACAACAUCCGAGCGACACAGGACACUUCGCGAGGGAAGACUGAACUUUUCUAUGGUGCCUCGUCACCUUUCUCUGCCUUGCAACAUCUCGAUGCUCAUCUCCCCAUGCACGGAGCGCCUGCCGCCUACCCUGAUCCCGCUUCAACCGAUGUCGACAACGGCGACAAGAGUAUCAGAAGCUAUAACUACCAAAACAUCGUCUUUGACCACCUUUCUGAUUCCGUUCCGCAGACAAGUGGCUGCGAUCUGACAAGUUAUGCUUCUGCAAAGAUCGCCCUGCGUAACUUCCUCGUGACAGCGAGUCCCCGCCUGCCGUUCCUGGACUCUGGCGAUCUCUGCGCCAACUUUGAGAAACUGUACAGUGCGAAUGGCCAAUCUGUGCUAGCCAGUGCCGAUAGGGCCUUAGUAGUUGCUGCAUUAGGCUUGGGUGCGUUCCCGCUCAGUGACCUUCCGCACAGACAAUACUUCUUUGCACAAGCGCGUGCAGAGGCCGUCAACAUCAUGUACGAUAUCAACACAAAGACGGUGCAAGCAACGCUCAUGCUCUCGCAAUUCGAAUUCGAGACCGGCAGCCCGAACAUCUGCUAUCUGCAUCUCGGCGGCGCAAUCCGCAAGGCGUUUGCCGCUGGAGUGCACCGAAAUGACACCAGCGAAGCGAAACAGACAAUGUGGUCGUUGUAUUGCAAUGAAAGCCUGGUAUGCUUCAUACUCGGGAAACACCCCACCCUGGCCGACCACGAUAUCAUCUUCCCGCAGUCUCAGGACUCGUCUUUCAUGGCGUACUUUGUCCGAUUGUGCGCCAUCGUGCGCUCUGCUCAUCGGCUGUAUCAUCUGGAUGAUACGGUCGUUGCAGACUUGAAUGCGGCUGGAGUUGUGCACCAACAACUCUGCGAGUUCUCGACAGAACUCAAGGAGAACACUCGGCUCGAGAUCGGAAGCCAUAUUUAUGCGUUGGCGGGCGAGGAGUUGGCGUGGCACAUUACCUUCUCAUACGUGUUCAAUGCCACGAAGCUCCUGCUUUUCCGGCCGUUCUUGCUCCUUUGUCUAGAGCUUCGACGUCGCGGUGUCGGAAAUAUUCUUAAGGAACGUAACGGCGGCGUCGAGAUGGCUGUGAUAUAUGAAGCUGCCUCGCGCUCCGUAACCUCUGCGCAAGACAUCAUCAAUCUGUGCGACUCGCUGUUCUCGCUGGGAAUCGGGAUUGAGGGCAUAUUCUCCCAUGGUUUCUAUCUCGAGAGCGCCUGCUUUGUCCUCGCGCUCGCGGCUGUCCAUCCGAGUAACUACCUCACGCCCGACUGCUUCGAGAAACUCCACACCGGGCUGCGGUUGGUGCGACAGUUGGGCCCGCACGAACCGGCACGGAGUAUUAGUGCGGCGGUCGAGCAGAUGAUUGACAGAAUCCACUCAUUGGCUGGAAGACCAGCAUCGAGCGCUCAGGAAGCUGUCAGUGACGAGCCGUCGUUCGGCUCAGGCAGCCCUUCGAAUCUUACGAUGCCAUCGACUGUUUCUUCUGCGGCGGUAACGGCCUUCGAAUCGUUUCCAGAUGACCUCACUCCUGAAGGGUGGGACCAUGAGAUUUCGCUGGAUGAUCUGUGGUCUAUGAUGGACUGGAAUGUUGGCUUUCCAUCGACGGAUCCAGCAUUGACGAUCAUGCCUGGGUUGUGAAUCAUUCAGUUUUAAUAUCCGAUACGCCAGAGUCACGAUUCGCAUCGACAAGGGCGCAGUGGUUUGCCAAUUUCCGACGUCAAGUGUUGAUUCGCAAUACCCACCGCGGGAUGUGUCCUCGUACUCGGCUGUGUUAUGGCGCCCGCGCUCACAUUAAGGCUUAUCAACGAGCCUUAGCCAACCUUGGAACCCUUGGGCUUGCUCAUAAGAUGUCAUACGUCUCUCAACAGAUAGGGAUCGUCGAUGUGCUCAGCCCCAUGAUCAGUACUAGUCCCCUCACCGAGCUCCGACUUUCGGUACCUGGCUACGAUCUGCGAAGAAGAAGGGUUGUAGGAUACAAGUACUAGUCCUCCAGCUGGACCAUAAAUGGCUAGUGCCUGACCUUACGAGCGCUGAGAGAGCGGCGGCUCAACGCUCACAAGCGGCAGCCUAGCGAAGGGAUUAUCACGAGACAGCAUAUGUGGGUAAAGAGUUGAAGUCUUGAG